AGAAGACAAAGGCCUACUGCGCAUGUUCACCACCACACAAACUCGAAUUUACGCUAGUGUUGUUUUUCUUUUUCGCUGUCUUUUGAAAUUCGGUGUGCUUGUUUAAAAUGCCACCAAAGGGCAAAGGUGGUGGCAAAGGUGCUAAAGGAGCUGCUUCAGGAAGUGCAGAUGCUGAGAAGAAAGAUAAGACACCUAAAGGGGGCACUGCUGUCAAGGUUCGUCACAUCCUCUGUGAAAAACAUGGAAAAUGCAUAGAGGCAAUGGAGAAACUGAAGUCGGGAGUUCGUUUCAGUGAAGUAGCUUCACAAUACAGUGAAGACAAAGCAAGACAAGGGGGUGAUCUGGGUUGGAUGACGCGGGGAUCCAUGGUUGGACCUUUCCAGGAUGCUGCAUUUGCCUUGGCUGUCUCUUCCAUGGAUAAGCCUGUUUACACAGACCCACCUGUCAAGACCAAAUUUGGAUACCACAUCAUUAUGGUGGAGGGGAAAAAGUAGCAAAGAGCAACAUGAACUGAGGACAUUGAAUUCUACAUUGUGCUUUCAAAUGUCACUUCCUUGAUACAAAGUUUGUAAAGUAAGGAAAUUAAAUGAUACUUUUACUGUUUCUUGUCACCAGUAAUUGCACGCUACCAUAUCAUGGUAGUUCUUCCUUUUUUAAAACAAACUAAUGAAAGCUUAUCAGUUACACAGUUAAUUAAAGGUAAACUGCUUCCUUUGACAAGAAUAUAAUUCACUAAAGAAGUAACUUAAGUUGUACGCAAUAAAUAAGACUCUUGUGUAAACACAUGAAA